AUGAGGAACCACAUCCGUUCUCUGGCCCUACUGAAGCUGGAUUGCCAAGGAUUACUUGCACGCAUCACACAAGACACAGUCAUUUUUACGUCUGCUGUGAAGCUUGGGAAAGGCUGGAGAGAGCUAGCGGAAAAAUUAGCACGACUCACAAAGCAACAAAUCGAAGCUUAUGAAACUCCCCACCGGGGCACAAAUGGAGAUGUCCCUCCAGAGAUGAUGUGGAAACCGGCGUAUGAUUUUCUGUACACCUGGGGAGCUCAUUAUGGGGACAGUUACAGAGAUAUGUUGCAAGACCUGCAAUCUGCACUGGACAAGAUGAAGAAUCCUGUGACCAAACAGUGGCGAGAAUUAACCGGAGCUCUGAUUCUAGUCAACUGCAUGGAGGUUCUCCAGGCAAGCGCUUUCUCUAAGAUGGAUGAAGACUAGAAGUCAUCUAAUUUAGAAAGGCGCCGUGGAAAUUAUCUUCCUGAAACACAAAGCAGUUAAAUGAGAGCAUUUGCAUCAAGAACCGUUUAGCUCCUCUGCCUGUGAAAAUUAUGCCUAUUGCUUCUGGCAUUUAUGGGCUUAAGCGUUUUUAAAUGAAAAUAUCAAGUCAUUUAUUUUUCAAGCAGGACCAGUUUUCCCUUGCUUUCCUUCAUACUCAUAUCCCUACAACAACAUGUCUCGAAAGGUGUUUGUGUAUAGCAGUCAUAAUCUGAACAGCCUUGCAGUGGGCCGCACAUUUU